UGCAGUACUUUGCAGCAUUGGUAUAGCCCAGUACUUUAUCUGUAGUUCUGUGCUCUCAUUUCAGCCUGGAAAAAUAGGGAAAGCAGUUCUUUCUCUUUUAUUUAUUUAUUUAGUCAGAAACCUCCCUGCAGAUAGCUGCAGGGAUGUCAGGAAGACACAAAACAUUGCAGGCUGUGAGGUUUAGUGCUUUCAAAACACCUAAAGUGCUUGCCUUUUUUUAGAUGUGUAUACCCCAGCAUAUAGUCUGAUAACUGAGGAAAGGGGUGAUUUGUUAUUUUUGUUUUUCUUGGAAAGACUGUGGUGAGGAAAACCUCUUCAUUGAUCAAGCACAAGAAAAGCAGUGGCUAUGACUGAAGUGGAUCAACUAGGAGUGGCUCCUUGUAUCUUAGCAAAAAUAUAAAGGAGAAGACGUGCACACUCUUGGACAAGAGGAGCCUGUGAUGAGAAUUUAUGAGCACACUAUUUUGGAGACAUGGGAUGUAGCCAGUCUGCCCAAAAUGAAGAUAGGAAAUCUGAGAGAGCAAUGAAAGCAGCUGUGCUCAUUCAGAACUGGUACCGUUGUUACAAGGCUCGGUUAGAAUUAAGGAGGCGCCAGGCCCUGAACAUCUUUGAGAACAUUGAGUAUGCAGAAGAACAAGAUCAAAUGCAGCUAGCCAACUUCUUCACCUUCAUGCUGGAGAACUAUGCAAAAGCCAAGGAGAGUUCAGAAAAUCUGCCUCAGAUUUUUGGCAAUACAAUGGAGCGAAAAUCGGAGCCAGAAACUGUUAUACGUAUGAUAGAAGUACCGGACAAUUAUUAUGGUCCUCGGCUAAAAUUCCCUCUCACUUUUGCUGAUGUCAUACUUCUUGUUGAUGCUUUCAAGGAAAAACAGAUACUGCAUGCCCGCUACGUGCUACAGGUAUUACUAGAAGUAAAGAAGGUCUUGCAACAGUUACCAAAUAUUGUUCGCAUAUCAUCCACCACAUCCAAGGAAUUAACAAUCUGUGGUGAUAUUCAUGGGAAACUUGAUGACCUUUUUUUGAUCUUCUACAAGAAUGGUCUUCCCUCAGGGAAUAACAGAUACAUUUUCAAUGGCGAUUUUGUAGAUAGAGGGCAAAAUUCCAUGGAGGUACUGAUGGUCCUGUUUUCAUUUCUUCUUGUCUAUCCCAAUGAUGUGUACUUGAACAGAGGGAAUCAUGAGGAUUAUCUAAUGAACAUGAGGUAUGGCUUCACAAAAGAAAUUAUGCAAAAAUAUAAGCAACAUGGUGCCAAAAUUUUGCACACUCUGGAAGAAGUUUAUACCUGGCUUCCACUUGGCACUAUAAUUGAUGGGAAAAUUCUGGUCAUACAUGGAGGAAUAGCAGACAAUACAGAUUUGCGUAUGCUUGAAGAAAUCAAAAGAAAUCGGAUGAGAUCAGUUCUAAUGCCACCAAUAGCACCGUCAGUAAAUGAUUUUAGACGUGGGCGUAUCUCUCGUGAAUUACCCCCACCAGCGAUAAAGGCUAUGGAGCAACUUACAAAGGAUGAAUGGGACCAGAUAGUCAAUGUUCUUUGGAGUGAUCCCAGAAGCAAAAAGGGCUGUUACCCAAACACAAGUCGAGGAGGAGGUUGUUAUUUUGGACCAGAUGUUACCGAGAAUAUAUUAUCCAAAUUUUCUCUGAAGAUGAUCAUCAGGUCUCAUGAGUGUAAACCAGAAGGUUUUGACAUCGGCCAUGAUGGAAAGAUUAUCACAGUGUUUUCUGCAUCUAACUACUAUGAAGAAGGCAGUAAUCGAGGUGCUUACCUCAAACUGAGCAGAGAUAUGACCCCUCGAUUUUUCCAGUACCAAUCCAGCCAAGUAUCUCAAGGGAAAACUCUUCAUGAAAGGGUAAAUAUUGUUGAAAAUGCUGCCUUCAGGAUAUUAGGAGAGAGACUGAUUAGCCGGAAAUCUGAACUCAUGAAAGCUUAUCAAAAGUAUGAUCCGAAUAACACAGGAAAAAUUUCUAUCAGAGACUGGGCAAAGGCUACAGGAGAAAUUGUAGAAUUGAAGCUUCCAUGGUUAUCUUUGUGCUCUCGACUGGUCAAUCUGAUUGAAAAUGGACAAGUUUUUUAUACUAUGGGUUUUAAGGAUCUGCCUGUAGUAAAAGCUCCUGAAGAGGCUAAAUCAGGGAUGGUAGAGACCCUUGUCAGAUACAGAUCUGACUUGAAGAUCAUAUUCAACACCAUUGACCAAGAUCAUUCAGGUUUGAUCUCCAUGGAUGAAUUUCGUGCUAUGUGGAAACUGUUUUGUUCUCACUACAAUGUUGACAUCGACGAUACUUACGUCAACCAACUGGCUUACAGCAUGGAUCUCAACAAAGAUGGCAGUAUUGACUUUAAUGAGUUUUUAACAGCCUUUGAUGUGGUUCACAGACUUGAAGGAAACAAAUAAGACAUAACCCUCAAAUCUCAAAAUUUAUGAAAUUCCUUAGACUGUCUCUACAAUGUUAGGCCCUCAUGCAGAGCUGAAAUCUUUAUUAGGGCUCUUAACAUUCAUAGGCAGUGGAGGAGGAGAGUAGACCCCCAGCUAUCUCAACAAGCAUGGAUGAACAAUAUGAAUAAAAGAAGUUCCCAGUGAGCAAUUAGUGAUUCAUAUAGGUUAUAUACCUUCUUGUAGGGUCUAUGCUCUAGGUUUAGGGCUACACAUUGUCAAGUGAGAAAUCAAGGUUUGAUCCUGGGUACUGGUUCCUCAGAUCCCACUUUUAGCUGGAGACCAAAGCAUAAUCAGAAUAAUACAAUUUAACUAAAGAAGUCUGGAGAGAGGGAAAGAAUGAAAGCAUCCCAAAGAACACAGAAAAUUAGUCAACAUUCUGUAUGUGAAACAUUUUGGAACAAGAGGAUGAGGAAUAACAGGGAACUGGUGAAAUAAAAUGUUAUUUCCAUCUCUGCCAUCUUUUUUAAAUACACCAUAGUCGCUAAGUCCCUCUUGAACAAGGUGAAGGGAACAGAUGGAUGACAUGGUAAAACUAGUGAAACUUGCAGCAGCAUCAGAAGUCAUCCUGUACAACUCCAACUAUAUAAUUACCCUUAACAUUGCUGAAUUGUAAAGUAUUAUUCGGAAAGUUUUGUAGAACUACAUGCAUUAGUAAGAAACAACAACACCAAACCCAGGGAGGAACAUUUUUCUCUGACACAGUUACUGAAGACCAUGACAUUGGAACUGUAUUGCAGACAAAACCACCUUAUAAUACUUGCCAAGCCAGUAGUAUAGGGUCUCCGAGGCACAUGCCUUUUAGAGGGUGCCACUGUAGGGAAGUUUCUAUGAUAGCAAGAGUUCUGUUUUCUCUCCUGACUGAAAAAUGAUGCAGUCUUCCCCCCCAUUACUAGCUGCAUCACUUCUCAGCUCAGGAAUUCUGAUGUUUUAGUGACAAAAAUGUUCAUUCUAAUUAGAAGGUAAGAAUGAAAGAGGGUAAACAGUGAAGUCUCCCAGUAGGGCAUGCAGUCACUCCAGCACAACUACACUGGAAUUUGCCCCUUAUUACUCCUAUUCUUGGGAAAUGAAAUCAUAGAGCCAUUGACUCAAUACAACAAGUAUUUAUUAAAUGCUUACUAUGUGCAGAGUACUAUUUCCAAGGAACUGAAGGGAGAUAAAGAUGUUUAAGAUAAGACAUGGGUCUCUAUUCUUAUGGGGCUUAAAGCCUAGCUUAAUUUAGUUCCCUUGGCCCCUAUUAGUGCAUUAGAGCAACAAUGACUUGUUACAUUCAGUGAUCAUUUACUCAUCUAGGACUUGGCACUACUUGUCCAUGUAUAUCUCUCAUUGUGGGCUAGCAUCCCUAAUUCCCAUGUCCACUCUCACUUUCUCAAAGAGGGACCUUCUAACACAAACACUGCCUGUCGAUUCUAAAUGCUUUUUCCUAGGCUGAUUUUUACUUAGUAGACUAAUUUUUUUCUGUCAGAUUUUCCUAGAAGCCUUUAAUCAAAGUCAGUGAAGGGUUUUCAGUGACUUUAAGUACCCCAGAAGCACAGACAGUAAGCCAAGGACACAGAUAUAUGGGGGGAAAUUGUUGAUUGUGUUGUCUUGUUUUCAUAUUCAGACACUAAUCUCUUCAUACAUGGAAUAGAAUAAAUUGUAUUAAUACCUGAUAAAGAAACAUUGUAUUGUUCCAAAAUGUGUCAUAGGAUUACAUUUAGUUGUGCAGUCCAUGAGGGGUUCUUGAGUUUUAAUCCUUAAGCUUCUAAUCAGCUUCAGAAAAUAUGGUUCUCUAAAGAGAGGCUAUGAUAUGUUAUGUACUUUCCAUUUCUCUGGAGAAAGAUGCCAGAGAAUUCAGGAUGUAAAGUUAGCAUUUUAGUUAUGAGUAUAGUUUCUGGCUGCUUUUAAGAAGAAAACCCAGUGCUUUGGUUUACAAGAUAGGCUGAGAAGAGCCAGUUUCUAUUCUCUCCCUAAAUGAGGGAAAAUACUUCAGUUACAGAGAAAAUAGCUCAGUCUAGGACUAGCUGUGAGGAGGAAAAGAAGAGGAAGCCUUGUUUACCCUUGGUAUGGCCAGGAAGAUGGGCAGAACAGGGUAUUUUAAUGGUAUCCACGGACUUGAAAGAGCAGAGAGUAAGUGCCUUUUCUUCUUUCAAAUGAGAAGAUAGCCUAUUUGGAAGAAGAGAACAAUGGACAAUAUGACCCCGCAAAGAGAACUACAGGAAAAAGUUAUGAAAUUUAGCAAUGGUGAGCAAAAAAAAGUUAAGAAAAGAAGUUGGAGUAUACAACUAUCUCCAAAGUCUAGUUCCAUCUCCUUAAAGGAGAGAACUGAAAGGAAUAUUAAAGAAGGGAACCCACACAAAUAUAUAAGACCAGGAGCCAUGAGUAGUCAAAGGAUAUGAACAAGCAGUUCUCAGAAGAAAAAUUUCAAGCCAUUAACAACCAUUAGAGGCAGUGCUGUGUGGUGGGAAGAGAGCUGGCUUUGAAGCUAGAACAAUCUGGUCUCAAGGACUGUCUCUGACUCAUACUGCUUGUGUGACCCUAGGCAAGUCACUUAAUUCUCUAAAACAGUUUCAGAAAUGUUGAACUAUACAGUUAGAGGGAGUUUCUUUAUCUGGAAGUUCCCCAUAUCAAUGGAAUCACAGGUCUAGUCUCUACCCCUAUUAACAAUCAUAUGAAAGAUUUUUCCAAAUCACUAAAAAUACCCAAAAUGCAAAUCAAAACAAUUUUGAGGUUUUACCUCAAAACAAAUUGGUAAAGAUGAAAAAAGUUGGGAAUAGACAGUGUUGGAGGGGCAGUAAAUUGGUAGUGGUUCUGUGAAUUGGUUCAAACAUUCUGGAAAACAAUUUGGAAUUGUGCAAAAAAGUGGUUCCUACAGUUCCUACUCAUAGGCAUAUAUCCCAAGGAAGCCCAAGUUAGAAAGUUAGAAAGAUCCCAUAUAGCCCCAAGUAUUCAUAUCAACACUUUUUGUGGUAGUAAAUAAAUGAGAACAAAGUAGCUGUCCAUUGAUUAGGGAAUGAUUAAGUAAAUUGUGGUACAUGACUAAAAUGGGAUUAUAAUGUACUUUAAGAAAUGAAAAAUUCUUUUGCAGGAGAAAUGCCCAGGGAAGUUUCUAUUAACUGAUGUAAACCAAACAGAAUACACAAUGAUGACCUCAAGGUACAUAGGAAAUUCAUUAAUAUCAAAAUCCAAAAAUAAAUGCUAUGUUAAUUCA